AGAGGCUCGGACAUGGAUCUAGGUAGACUCAGCACUGGCCCGUCUGAUAGAGAGCGGAAUUGUUUUUAAAUGUAAAAAAAACAACAACAAAAAACAAAACGAGAGGCCUUAGGGAAAACAACACGAAGGAAAUACCCAUCCCGGCACAAAACAUAAACUAGAUCAAUGGACUGAAUGAGGGCUGAAUGAAGACUGCUUAUAACGCCUAUCGAUGCCUGGCCAAGGAUCUGGAUGCCUACGCCAUGAACCCAGAGAUGACAAUGGACAGCAUUGGCAAUCUGCAUGGCGGACUGAGCCAUGACCAGGACUUGAUGAACAGCCACAGCCCCCAUCACAACCGGAACGCGGGGGCUUCUUUGCGGUUACAUCAGGAUCUGGCUGCUGCAUCGUCGCGGUCCGCCAUGGUGUCCAGCAUGGCAACGAUUCUGGACGGAGCCGGAGAGUACCGACCAGAAUUAUCGCAUCCGCUCCAUCACGCUAUGAGCAUGCCGUGUGAUACAUCCCCACCGGGGAUGGGUAUGAACGGCACAUACACCACGUUAACUCCACUUCAACCGUUACCCCCCAUUUCAACCGUUUCGGACAAAUUCCACCAUCCGCAUCACCAUCACCAUCACCAUCACCACCAGCGUCUCUCUGGGAACGUAAGCGGGAGUUUCACGCUGAUGCGGGACGAGAGGGGUUUACCAGCAAUGAACAACCUCUACAGUCACUAUCAUAAGGACAUGACCGGGAUGGGUCAGAGUUUAUCCCCCCUGGCCAGCAGCCCUCUUGGCAAUGGUUUGGGUUCUCUUCAUAAUACACAGCAAAACCUCCAUAACUAUGGCACUCAUGGGCACGACAAGAUGCUAAGCUCCAACUUCGAUGCCCACACUGCCAUGCUGUCCAGGGGUGAUCAACACCUCUCACGAGGCCUCGGUGGCCCCACGGCAGGUAUGAUGCCGCAUUUGAACGGGAUGCACCACACCGGGCACCCGGGCCACUCUCAAUCCCACGGGCCUGUGUUGGCUUCCAACCGGGACAGACCGCCCUCCUCCUCGGGACAACAAGGUAACAACUCGGGGCAGCUUGAAGAGAUCAAUACCAAAGAAGUGGCGCAAAGGAUCACAGCUGAACUGAAGCGGUAUAGCAUCCCCCAGGCUAUAUUCGCUCAGAGGGUGCUGUGUCGCUCGCAAGGCACCCUUUCAGACCUCUUAAGAAACCCCAAACCUUGGAGUAAACUUAAAUCUGGAAGGGAGACCUUUCGAAGGAUGUGGAAGUGGCUGCAGGAACCCGAGUUUCAGAGGAUGUCAGCCCUACGGCUUGCAGGUAAGACAAGGUACCAGUAGAGAGCACGCCAUGAUUGGGUCAAAUGGGAUGCAUUGUCAGACACUGACAACAUUGUGCACAGGGACCCAAAACUAUGGUAUGUCAAAAAAAAACGAAACAAAAAAAUAACAUGUAGUAAUGUUCGACAGAUAGAAAUAUACCUAGUGUAAUGUGUAAUUAGUUAGAUGUGUAUUUAGAGGGAAAUCCUUUUUUUGCCUUAAUGGAUUGAGAUUGGAUUAAUAUUAGACUGGGGUAUAUUCAGUAUUGGAUUAAAUGUGAUAUUGGAUUUGAGAAAUCCAAUUGUGGAUAAUAGUCUUUAAUAUGUGGUUUAAAGCCAUUUAAAGUUAAAGUUGGCCUACUUAUGCUAAUAGUAAGUAACAUUGUGAUGAAAACACACUAUUAUCUCAGACAUUUACCAGUUUAAAAUGAUGAGAGGAUGUUUAGAAAAGUAUAUAUAUAUUUUUUGCAUUUUGGUUUCUUUUGUCAGGAGGUAGGUUGAAGUGUGCAUGACAGUCUUACAUUAUCCAGUGAGAUGAUGAGUUCACCUGGCUUUGAGAUUCAAGAUAAAUUCGCCAAUGUUGUAAACUACGGUAUAAGGAUCUGUUUUACUGAGCAACAUGUGUCCCACUAUCACAGUGUGUUUACGUCUGUUUUCCAGUCUAGAUAACAGAAAAACGAGUAUGGCAGUAUUUCUCCUCCCCAGUUAAAGCGUGCUGCUGCUGAUGAUGAUGAUGAUGAUGAUGAUGAUGAUCUGCUAGCCAGGUCUGACUGGCCAAGCCAUCCAACAGUGACUCUCUGUUGAUCUCUGUACCACUUUUUGUUUCUUCAUCUUGAUGCUGUCAACACACUGGAUGUGUAAAGGGCAAUGUUUAUUGACCCUGCUCUCUUCUUAAACCAAACAGAGACUCACUUACUGGGUCACAUGCAGCCCCUCUCUGUCUCUAGACAAAAGCACUGAACCAACACCAUGCUUUUGGAUAUGUGAUGUUUUAGUAGCAAUCAAACUAUUUAACUUUUUCGGAAUCUUACUGGAUUAGUCAUUUUGUUUUAGGAUAAAUUUGUCGGCCAUAUUCUACUUAAAGCAACCAAGAUGCUGAACAGUUUGAAGACUAUGUGGUUGAUUAAAGCAACCAAGAUGCUGAACAGGUUGAAGACUAUGUGGUUGAUUAAAGCAACCAAGACGCUGAACAGGUUGACGACUAUGUGGUUGAUACCGUGCUAUAUGUAUCUGCAGUAGUGAGGAGUAUUAAUAAGAGUCACCAGUUGUCGUAGAAAAGCACAUAACUAAAAGUGCUUGUUGAUUCGUUUGGGUCUGAGCGUACCCUAGGUUGUGUGUGCGUGUGUGUGUGUCUGUGUGUGUCCAUCCCUAAUGCUACAUACUUGGUUAUAGGAAGGAGCAGGAUUUUAUUUUAUUUGAUCAAAAUCCCUCUGAGACUAUUUCCUCAUCAGUACAGUGACAUCACUAAAAGUCGAUGAAAAUGAACUGUGAUUGGUUGUUUCACAGGGCUCAUAAAUAAGUCUGGUUACAGACCUUUGGACGCUGGCCGGUGAUGUCAUCAUCACUAUGUGGACACUGUGAUUCCUAGAUAGGCUGCCAGACUCCCACCUUUAUCCUGCUGAUUAGAGAGAGAGAGAGAGAGAUAGAGCGAGAGAGAGAGAGAGGAGAAAUUCUGUGUCUGUGUCUGUGUCAAUCGGUGUGCGUGUCAGUCAGUGUGCGUGUGUGUGCGUGCAUGCAUUUAAACAAUCUCACAAUCUAUCCUUUGUGCAGUCUCUGAGAGGGAUGAAUGCUAUGAAAGUAUGUCAUUUAGACUCACAGUGCACAUGUAGAGUAUGACAUCUCUGUCUGUUGUUAGCAGAACGUGUCUGUCUUGUUAGCUGGAAGUGUCUGCUUGUCUGUUGGUAGCAGGAAGUGUCUGCCUGUCUGUUAGCAGGAAGUGUCUGUCUGCCUGUCUUAGCAGGACGUGUCUGUCUGCCUGUCUGUUAGCAGGAAGUGUCUGUCUGCCUGUCUGUUAGCAGGAAGU